UUCCAUCUAUUCAGCUGCUGAGGCCGCAUUUAUAACAUCCAAUACCAUUCAGAUGUUCAAAAACUCAACAUAACUUUCACUGUCUUUCAUUCCAACCCAUCAGGUUCAGACUAUUCAUCAGGAGUUCAUCAGGAGUUCUGCCAUCACGUUCAAUCCGCCUCCACGAUGAAAUUAAGCCUCGAGGCCAUCAUAGCCAUCAUUUCCCUUGUGGUAGGGCUUCCGCCUGCGUUGUUCAUGCUCUCGCGGUGUUGGCUUGGCAAGCGGCGUAGCCAGGUAGAACAACAUCAACCAACCACGUCAAACAACCUUACAUCAUUCGAGACGCUUCCUCGAGACGAGCUCAUACUGUGGUCACGGCCGACAUUCCCCAUCAGAGUAUGGUCUUUUGCUGGAUACCAGAUGGAUUUGGUGCAAAAUCAUCCUGUUAUAUUUCCGCUGCAGCAAGCAACUGUUUCGAGGGGUCAUGACUUUGGCCACCUGCGUGGUGGAAGCCCGUAGUGACCGGAUAGAGAACGACAGAGGUGGGGAAAAUGAUUCGCAGGCCAAUAUCUAGCUAUGUGGACACUGAAAGACCAUGCAUGGAC